AUGAUUUCGUCUCCAGUUGUGCAUCCUGUGUCAGAUCCAGCGAUAGUUGGACUCGGAGAGUGGCAUAGUAAAAUUCUAUGGGUUUAUGAUGAGAAAAAAAUUUCGCGCCAUAAAAAGACCGGGGUAGUCGUAAGAGUUAUGAGUCUCCUCGCACUAUCUCCGACAAAAUCUCUCAGUGAGAUAGAUGAACAAUCCGUUGGAAGUGUGUGCAGAGCACUGCAAGCUGUCAAAUUGCUAUAA